UGAUUAUCCGUGUCCACCCUGUGUUGUGUAGUCGGAAGCUAAGCUAUCGAUUAUGACAGCAUGAAUGAUUGAAGAUAUAUUUUAUUCCUUUACAUGUGUACUGCCGCGUAAGAUAUUAUCUUCCACAUCUUAAUUCAGACGCACGCGAAGAAGAGGAAAUAUGCUCGCGCGCCUGUAACGGUUGGAAGUUGUGUUAGCUAACGUUAGCUAGCUAGUUAGCCAUGUCGUUGUAAUAUUGUUUCUUCGCCAGUCAUUAUAUCUGUAGAGGAUUCGUUAACGGGCAGUGGAAUAAGGUGAAAUACGGUACUUUUAAACAUGGCUUCAAUUCUUGACGAGUACGAGGACUCGCAGAUCACCAGGCAGAGUGCGCAGCAGCACAGCCGCUUGUCAACUGCCAACAUCGGGAUAGCACACUCAGGUUUUGUGAAUGUGAGACUGGAGGAAGAGAAGCCGAUAUUCAACAAGCAGAGGAUUGACUUUACACCGCCUGAGAAGAUUAACCAUCUCGCAGUCUGCAACAAUCAGCUAUGCAUGAGUCUGGGGAAGGACACGCUGCUGAGGAUUGACUUGGCCAAACCAGAUCAGCCUAAUCAGAUUGAAUUAGGAAGGAAAGAUGAAAGUAAAGUGCACAGACUGUUCUUGGACCCCACUGGUUCCCAUCUGCUGAUCUGCCUGAGCACCAGCGAGUGUCUGUACCUCAACAGGAACACGCAGAAGGUGCGCAGUCUGUCCCGCUGGAGGGGCCACCUCAUCGAGAGCGUGGGCUGGAACAAGCUGCUGGGCAAUGAGACCAGCACAGGGCCCAUCCUGGUUGGCACCAGUCAAGGCAUCAUCUUCGAGGCUGAGAUCUCUGCAACUGAGGGCAGCCUGUUCAACACCAACCCAGAUCAGUACUUCAGACAGGUCCACUUCCUCGAGGAGGAUGGGCGGCCGGCACCAGUCUGCUGCCUGGAGGUGGAGCGGGGCCUGGAGAACAAAUACUUCAUCAUCGCCACCACCCGCAAACGCCUCUUCCAAUUUGUAGGGAAGGUGGCCGAGGGGUCCGAGCAGCAAGGCUUCAGCUCCAUCUUUAGCCAGAACCAGGACCUGCUGCCCAGUUUCCAGGAGUUCCCUGCCAACAUGGGCUACAGUGAGAUCACCUUCUACACCUCGAAGCUCAGGACCUCCCCCAAGGCGUUCGCCUGGAUGAUGGGUAAUGGAGUUCUUUAUGGUCAGCUGGACUAUGUCAGGCCUGAUUCCCUGCUGAGUGACGUGCAGGUGUGGGAGUACACCCCGGACAUUGACAUUAGCCUCAACAAGCCCAUCUCCAUCGUGCUGACACAGUUCCACUUCCUGCUGCUGCUCCAUGACCGUGUUAAGGCCAUCUGCACUCUGAAUGGACAGGUGGUAUAUGAGGAUGUGUUCCCAGAUAAGUUUGGCACCCUUAAGAGGAUGAUUAAGGACCCUGUUGGUGGGUUGGUGUGGAUCUACACCGAGAAGGCAGUGUUCCGGUACCACAUUCAGCGCGAGGCCAGGGACGUCUGGCAGAUGUACAUGAGCAUGACUAAGUUUGAUCUGGCCAAGGAGUACUGCCGUGACCGGCCUGAAUGCAUGGACAUGGUGCUGGCCAAGGAGGCCGAGCACUGCUUCCAGAACAAGCGAUACAUUGAGAGUGCCAAGUGCUACGCUCUGACGCAAAACUACUUUGAAGAGAUAGCACUUAAGUUCAUUGAAGCCAAACAAGAGGAAGCCCUAAAGGAGUUCUUAUUGAAGAAACUGAAUAAUUUGAAACAGAGUGAGAGAACGCAGAUCACCUUGCUGGUCACCUGGCUAACUGAGCUCUACCUGAACAGGCUCGGCCAGCUGGAAGUCGACGGCAACACCGUCAUCUUCAAGGAGACCCGCGAUGAGUUCCGCCAAUUCCUCGGCAGCUCCAAGCACAAGGAGUGCCUCUUCAACAACCGCAGCACCAUCUACGACCUGCUGGCCAGCCACGGCAACGUGGACGACAUGGUUUACUUCUCAGUCGUCAUGCAAGACUACGAGAGAGUGAUAUCCCACUACUGCCAACACGACAAAUUUAGCGACGCUCUGGAUGUGCUCUCCAAGCACUGUGAUGAGAAGCUUUUUUACAAGUUCUCCCCUGUCCUCAUGCAGCACAUUCCCAAAAAAGUGGUAGAUGCGUGGAUUCAGAUGGGCAAGCGGCUGGACCCGAAGAAGCUCAUCCCAGCUCUGAUGAACUACAGCCAGAUGGGCAGCACCCAGCAGAUCAGUGAAACCAUCCGCUACAUGGAGUUCUGUGUGUACGAGCUGACCGUGACAGAGGAGGCCAUCCAUAACUACCUGCUGUCGCUCUACGCCAAGUAUAAGCCGGACUCUCUGCUGUGGUACCUGGAGCAGGCAGGUACUCACGCCUCAGAGAUCCACUAUGACUUGAAGUACGCCCUCAGGCUGUGUGCAGAAAAUGGCUACCUGCGGGCCUGUGUGCUGGUUUAUAGGAUUAUGGAAUUGUAUGAGGAGGCAGUGGAUCUUGCUUUACAAGUAGAUGUAGACUUGGCUAAGUCAUGUGCAGACCUGCCUGAAGAUGACGAGGAGCUGAGGAAAAAGCUCUGGCUGAAGAUCGCCCGGCAUGUUGUUCAGGAGGAGAAAGAUGUAAAGAAAGCCAUGAACUGUCUGUCCAGCUGCAACCUGCUCAAGAUUGAAGACAUCCUGCCCUUCUUCCCAGACUUUGUCACCAUUGACCAUUUUAAGGAGGCCAUCUGCAGCUCCCUGGAGGAGUACAACCAGCACAUCGAGGAGCUGAAGCAGGAAAUGGAGGAGGCCACGGAGAGCGCCAAACGCAUCAGAGAAGACAUCCAGGAAAUGAGGAACAAAUAUGGCGUAGUGGACUCCCAAGAAAAAUGUGCUGCUUGUGACUUCCCAUUGCUCAACAGGCCCUUCUAUCUGUUCCUGUGUGGACACAUGUUCCACUACGACUGCCUGUUCCAGGAAAUAACCCCUCACCUGACGCCCUAUAAGCAGAGUCGUCUGGAGGAGCUGCAGAAAAAGCUGGCUGCAACCACGCAAUCCUCCAAGUCACGUCACCGCCCGGCCCCCAAGGACGAAGGAGACACUGCCAGCCUGGGAAAGGGCAGCGCGGGCACGAGCCGCGAGCAGAUAAAAUCAGACAUUGAUGACAUCAUUGCGUCUGAAUGUGUGUACUGCGGCGAACUGAUGAUCAAGUCCAUCGACAAGCCUUUUAUUGAUCCGCUGAAAUUUGAGGAGGAGAAAUCCAGCUGGCUGUGAAUGAGACCUCCUACUUCUUCUUCUUCUUCUCUUAAUGUGAAAAGACACGACAGCCCGCCAUCUUGUAUGUCAGUGAAACUGCACCAUCUUAAGGACUGACCCAUUCAGUGGAUACAGACAUUCACCUGAUUGCCUGUUGGUAGUGCCUCCUGCUGAUAUCAGCUUCAGUUGUUCUCUACAGAAUACACUUAUUUUGUUGGCAGUAUUUGAAGCUGAUUCGAAGACCUUUGCACUUUGUAUCGAAGCGUCUAGUUAAAGGUGGACAUUGUUGGCACGGAUACAAGAGGAUGUAAAAUAUUGCCAGGGCUGUACAGUGCAUACAAUGUGCCUGAACCUCUGAUUAUAAUGGCAGAAAGUAUUCAAAAGCUAGAAUCAGACAUAACUGCACUAAACAUCUAUUAACUACAUAAUGUCAUGCUUGUUUUGUCUGUUGCAUAGGGGUAAAAAAUCAGGGGGGAUACAGGGGGCACAUUCCCCGCCAUAUUUAGAACUGCAAUAAAGAGAUGAAAGUAGCAGAGGAGUUUUAUUUUGACAAAAUUAAAGACAUUUACACUGUAAAUUAAGGCAGAAAAUGCACAAAUUGGUGCAUAGAAUUUCACCAGACGAAGGAAAUUAAGUGAUGCUCAAAAUUCUCUGGCAGACGACCCCCCUACUCCCUACUUACGCCCCUGGUCUACUGAAAACAUAACCUGCAUUUACAUUACAAUAUGUGCUUCUCCUCAGUUCAACCCUCCGCUCUACAGCUGCGUCCAUCUUACAGUUACUGUGGGAUAGAUUAUCAAACUGUUAUGUCAUAUAUUCAUGUUUUGCAAAUCAAUCAUGGAACAUUAAAGCUUGUCAGCAUGGAUGGACUGAUUCUUCUGGUUGUUUAAAGUGUAAUAAAUAUUUAACAAAUGAA